UACGCUCCCCCCAUUAAUUACGGCUCCCACGCGCGAAACCGAGGGGAGGGGGCGGGGCCUGAGGGGAAACCCCAACUUCCGGCCCCUCCCCCGCCCGGGGAUUCCCCUCUUCCUGCUGUACGCAUGCGCGCGGCGGGGAGGGGGCGUGUCCAAGCUCCUCUUCGCUCCGCGCAUGUGCGUGGCGAGAGGGGCGGGGUGAGCAGGGCGGGGCCCGAGCGCCCUCUAUCCCGCGCAUGCGCGGAGGCCACGGAGCGGCGUGGGGGCGUGUCCUUGCGCUCCGGCCCCGCCCCCUCGCCCUCCCGCGCACGCGCGCGCGGCGGCGGACGGGAGCGGCUGCGGGCGAGCGGCCAUGAUGUCGGACGGACGACGCCCGGGGGAGUCGGGGGGGAGCGAGGACGGAGCGCUGGAGGAGGAGGAGGAGGAGGAGGAGGAAGAAGAGGAAGAAGAAGAGGAGGAGGAGGAGGCCGUGUCCACGGGGCUUUCGGCGCUUCCGGAGGAGGAGGAAGAGGAGGAGGAGGAGGAGGAGGAGGCGACGUCGGUGUCGUCGGGGGAGAGCGCCCCCCCCACCCCCCCCGCGAACGGCUGCGCAGGGCCCCGGCCACGCCCCCCGGAGGAUCUCCGCCCGUUCCCGGAUGCCGAGGGGGGAGGGGCGAGUCCCGGGGGGGUCUCGGUGCGCCGCGGGGGCGGGGGAGGGGCGGCCGAGUGGCACGAGUGCCCCGAGUGCGGCCGCGGCUUCGGGACGUCGCGGGCGCUGAAGGUGCACCGCAGUUACCACGUGGGGCGGAAGCGGCCGCAGGGCCCCCCCGCGGCGGGGGGAGGGGCGGCGGGCGGCGGGGGGAGGGGCAGCGCCGCAGCACCACCGCCGCCGCCAUCGCCGUCCCCCCGCGGCGCCCCCUCCCCGUUCCAUUACAUCUGCGCCGAGUGCGGCCUCGGCUUCGCGGCUCCCGCGGCGCUCGGCGCUCACCGCUGCGAACACGGGCGGAGGCGCCGCCGCAGCCCCCCCGCCCCUCACCCCCCCCAGCACGCCCCUCCCCCGCCGCGCCGCCCCCCCGCGCCGCCGCCGCCGCCCCCCCCCGUACCGCUGCACCGAGUGCGCCGGAGCCUUCGGCCUCGUGGCCGACCUCCACGAGCACUACAUGCUGCACGCCAGGGGGGAGCUGUGAGCCCCCCGCCGGGACCCCUCCCGCGGCGCUGCCGGGAUCUCAGAACCGGGAGGGACGUCAUCGCCUCGCGGGUGAUGUCGUUGGGGGGGUGACGACGUCAGGAGGAGGUCGGUGACAUCACAGGUGGGGAGGGCGGCGGCAUCGCCGCUGUGAUGUCACAUUGGGGAGAUGGGGGGGGCCCUGAGGUCAUGUGACACCGGGAGGGGGAGAUCCCCGUGAUGUCACUCACCACGUGUUUGUGGCCCCCCCAAUAAACCACCUGCGCCGCUGCCGUCUUUGC